CCGGAAACAUGUUUUAACAACAGUCGAGCAGCCCAUCAGCGAACUGUUGCUCCACAGCACGGUCAUAAAAAACGAACAGACAACUCCUGAAUUUUAGACAGCCGACUGACCUAUUUAAGGAUUUUAAAAAUAAAAACAUGUCUGCGUCGGGACACCGUGACCGUUCAGAACGUGAAAGCCUCUCCCGCUCAGUGAGCCAGUAUGGAUCUACAGACAACAGCGGUGAGCACGACAGUCCCGUUACCAACCACUACAACAACCAUAGCAACCAUCCCCCCAUUGCAACGGCUGGACACUGGGUCGGCGCCGACCAGGGGGAGGAGGCCAUUCGCAGGAAGUUGAAGUACUUCUUCAUGAGUCCCUGUGAUAAAUACCACGCCAAGGGCCGCAAGCCUUACAAGCUGGUCCUGCAGCUACUCAAGAUUAUCAUUGUCACUGCUCAGUUGGUGCUGUUUGGCCUCAGUAACCAGGUGGUGGUGACCUUCAAGGAGGAGAACACUAUGACCUUUAAGUACCUAUUUCUCAAAGACUUUGAUGAGUCCUCAGACAGCUCUUUUUCUGUGUACACACAACAAGACGUCUAUGAGCACAUCUUUUACACUGUCGAGCAGUAUCUGGCUCUACCUGAGACCACAGUGGGUCGCUAUGCGUACGUCUACGGCAUCGGCGUGAAUGGCAGCGCUCUGUCACUCUGCCAGCAGUACUACAAGAGGGGCCGCAUCGAUCCAGCCAACGACACCUUCAGUAUCGACCCGCACAUCAUCACAGACUGUGUUGGAGUGAACCCUCAGACGGUCCCCCCCUCCCCGCUGGCCAACUCUUACAAGAACUUUACACUCAAGUUCCACAAGUUCAUCAAUGUCACAAUAGAGUUUCAGCUGAAGGCCAUCAAUGUGCAGACUAUUAUCAACAAUGAGAUCCCAGACUGCUACACAUUUUACAUAAAGAUCGUUCUGGAUAACAAGGCUCACAGUGGCAAAGUGAAGAUACGACUGGAGAACCAGGCCUCCAUAAAGGAGUGCAAAGACCCCAGUGUCUCCGGACAGGCUGAGAAUUAUACACGAGUGGCGUUUGACGUCGCCGUGGCUCUCGUGUGCACGCUGUCAUUGGUGCUGUGUGGACGCUCCAUCUUGCGAGGCAUCAUGCUGCAGCAGGAGUUUGUACAGUUCUUUAAGGACAAUCUGGAUCGCAAAGUGUGCUGGGCUGACCGUAUGGAGUUCAUCAACGGGUGGUACAUCCUCCUCAUUGUCAGUGACAUCCUCACCAUCAUUGGAAGUGUUAUCAAAAUUGGCAUUGAGUCCAAGAAUAUGUCCUCCUAUGAUCUGUGUGGCAUCCUGUUAGGAACUUCCACCCUCCUGGUUUGGGUGGGAGUCAUUCGCUACCUCACCUUCUUUCAGAAGUACAACAUCCUGAUCGUGACACUUCGAGCAGCCUUUCCUAAUGUUAUUCGCUUCUGUUGCUGUGUUGCCGUCAUCUAUCUGGGCUACUGCUUCUGUGGUUGGAUCGUCCUGGGGCCAUACCAUGUCAAGUUCCGCUCCCUGUCCAUGGUGUCAGAAUGCCUCUUCUCCCUCAUCAAUGGCGACGACAUGUUUGUGACCUUCUCGGGAAUGCAAGAGAGCAGCACGCUGGUGUGGCUGUUCAGCCAGGUGUACCUGUACACCUUCAUCUCCCUCUUCAUUUACAUGGUGCUGUCGCUCUUCAUCGCCCUCAUCACCGGAGCCUACGAGGCCAUCAAGCACCAAACCCAGGAGCCCAUCCACAUUACAGACCUACAUGCCUUCAUAGCAGAGUGCACAGACGCACCAAGUUCCGGAAAGUUCCGGGGUUUGGAGACAUCACCAUGCUCCUUUUUCUGCUGCUGUGACAGAACAACAACAUAUGAGGAUGUCCUUCUGGUCAACUGAUGACCCAGAAAGCCACUCAAGCACCCCCGUGCUGGCCACAAAGACGCACUGCACUGCACGUGGUCUGUGCCCUGCCCCCCGAACAAGCUUUUUUCCAGCACUUGACUGAAAGAGGAGUCGUCCAUCAGUUGGCCCAGCAUUCUGAUAAAGGAACGUGUGAGUCUUUUAUUAUUCCUGCAGCCACCUCAUCAGGAAGAACUCGGGAACGCCCGAAGUUGCUUUGUGGAUUACUUUUAGCACGUGUAUUUAUGUCUCCGGUCCAUUUUUGGCUCGGUUCAGUGUUUUUAUGAAUUUGAUCCGCAGAGGAUGUAUGUUUUUACCUGCUCGUCAGUUUAUUCUGUCAGCAAAAUGAAACAAAACCCAGCAGGCCAAUGCACAGCAAACAUUGGGACCGAAACAGGUUGUUUUUUUUUUGCUGUGGCCUCAGUGUGGAUCACCUUUUUACACAGGGUACCCAUUGAGUGUUCUUACUUUUUUUGGGUGAUGCACAACCCAGAGUUGGCACCAGGACUGCAGCUGUACACUCAUGAUGGUGCUGACUGAUUUUCUACUUUUUUGGGACUUCAAAUUGUGUCAAGAAAGUAGAUUACACAUCACAUGAUCUCUUCGCAAUACAUGCACAGUGUGCACGAAUGUACAACAAUGCUACAUUUUAGUGUAUGACGUUUAAGAGUGCCUCUCCUGCUGCAGUUAUGCUGCUAAAGCAUACUAGUGGUCCAUCCGCUUGCUGUGUUAGAUUAGAUUGCACAAUCUAUGUAUUGCUCAGUGUUUGGUCAUUAUUACCAAAAAAUGGAGGAGGAGCCUGCACAAACUGCCUAUAAUGGGACUUCAUUAUCCACUUUUGGAAACUUUGAUUUGAUUUGAUAGUUUUUUAGAUGAAAAAUAAAAAAUAAUAACUGUUAUUGUCUUGCCAAAAGAAGCACCCUUUAGGUUUGUCACAAAUGAGUCAACUUACAAAACAUGCAUGUGGCCGUGCUGUAAUAGUUUGGCUCCCCUUUCUCUUAAUUUAUGAUUUUAUUAUACUUAUUUUAUGCUGUAUAUCACAUGGAACGCACAAUUGUUGAAUGCUUUUUUUUUUUUCUUGUGUUCAAAGAUUAGAAAGACCUUCAUUCAUUUGUGUUUAACAAGCCAGAAAAAAACAUGUUUAAGUGGAAUAUUUGAUGGACUUUGCAUGGCUGUAGAAGGCAAAACCUUUGUUAUAUGUUGUUAUAUGAUAGACAUACAUAUAGCAUGAUGGCCACAGUCUGGAGAUUGGCGAGAUGCGUGCGUGGGUUUUCUCCGGUUACUCUGGUUGCCUCCCACAUUCCAAAAACAUGCAUCUUAGGUUAAUCGGUGACCCUAAAUUGUGUUUGUGAUUGGUUGUUUGUCUGUAUGUGCCCUGCGAUUGGCUGGCAACCAGUCAAACCGGGUGUACCCCGCCUCUCGCCCAAAGUCAGCUGGGAUAGGUUCCAGCAUACCCCCGUGAGGACACGCGGCAUAGUACAUGGAUGGAUUAUAUACAUACUGUAUGUGUAUUUAGAUCUUACAUGUGCCCAACACAUUGUGUAAAUAUUAUUUUACAAACAUUCUGCACUUGCUCAGUACUUGACAAAAUGUAAAAUAGGAGAAAACAUUUUAGUUAUUGUGUUAUCUGCUCUAUUAAAGUGUCCUGGAUCAUCUUUGAUGUCAUAUCGUCUUGUUAUCCUAACCAGGGGUGCAAAAUUCAGUCAAAUGAUCCAUAGGAAUUACCAGGAAUAUGUGGUAAUAAACUGCAAUAUCAUUUGAACAGGGAUCCUAAAAAGUGGCGGAGCCAGACAUUUUUCACUGGAGUGGCCAAGGUGAGACCAUUACUUACACAGGGGUGGCUAUAAGUUGAUACCUGAAUUGAAAAUGACCACUGGGGUGGCCGAAGAGUGACCCGGAGUGGCCACCCCGUAGCCCCGUCAGUGAUUCUAAAUAGUUUUUCCACGACAACCCUGCUGUAAGUGAUUUGCUUGCAAUACCUCCAACUUUCCGAAAGAGGGCGCGAAGGAAUCACGUCUCAAAUAGUGUACCAUACAUUUUUUUUAACUGUGGAUUUUUAGGAGUCAAAUGUUUCGUAGGGAUGGGUGAUAUUCCAAAAUUUGGUUUCGAUUUUUGAAGAUCUUUGAAUAAUUUUGUGAUUUACCUAAUUUGUUGAUCAUGAUUAUAAUCAGAAUAAAACGCAGGACAAAGAUGUUAGGCAAACAAUACAUAUAUUUUUAAUCAACAAUUUAACAAUACUUUAUACAAAGAUAUAAGACAACAUCAAAUUAUAUGACCUACAAUUGGAGUAAAAUAUAGGUAGUAUAAGUAAACAAAAGCAAAAAGUACUGUUGGCUCUCAUUAAAAUUCUGUCGCUUUUUGCCCCCAAAGCCCUCUUGUGUGCAGGAAUUUAUUCCCAGACUUUGCAAAUGAUAUAUAAAUAUAACAGUAUCAACAAUGUAACAACAUGAACAUAACAAAAAACACAUAUGAUUUUUGUCAAAAUAAACAUGGAUGACAACUGAAAACUAUUGAUCUCAUUCUGCUCGUAUCAGUCUGAUAAUGACCCCUACCCCUGGUAUUGAUACUAUUGAUAUUUGGAUUGAGUUGACCACCCCCUCGCGCAGGGGUGUCCAAAAAUACGGCCCAGGGGCCAUUUGCCAACCACGGCUGUUUUUGUAUUGGCCUACGCCACAUUCUAAAAAUAUGAUUUAUCGCCAAAACUAAAAUAAACUAACAAAAAUGGAAAAAUCAGCAGUCGUUUCACAAGAAUAAAGUCAAAAUAUUAAAAGAAACAAGUUGUAAUCUAACAACAAAAAGUCAUAAUUUUACAAGAAUAAUGUAAA